UAUUAUGUCACACAAUGAAUAAUCAGAAAUGCACCCUGGCAUGUAAAUGAUGGAUAUGAGAAUGUAUAUGAUUAUUAAUUGGGAUUACUAAGUUCGAUUCGUCUUUAAUACGUAAAUAUUCUACAAAUCUUUUUCUAGUUGGAAAUCUACUACAUAAGGUGAAUUUGUAGGAGGACUAUUUGCUACAUUGUUUUUCUGCAUUUUCCUAUGUCUACUUCCAGUUCUUAAAGGAAUUGCAGAUAAAUAGAAGUAAUCAUUCACUUAAUUUAGAUCACUUUUUUUAAAGAUAACAUGGCAAUUACUGGCUGCUACAUAAUCUUCAAUAACAAUGUUUUUAUUAAUGACAGUCAAUGGUAAUUCAAAAUCAUUAAUUAAGGUUGGGUUUUUCUUGUCAUGGCAUUAGGUUUCGGAAUAGGAAAUUAUAUAUUCUAUCCUAAAAUGCCCAUUUGUGAAAAGCAUUAAAGAGAAGAUGAUCAAUUAAUCUGAGAUAAAG